AUGAGGGCUUCUCCCCACCCCCAGUGUGUACAAAUACCUGUAUGUGUGUUCUUAGAGAACUUGUUGUGUGAAACGCUUUGUUCAAGACGGUGCCUUAAAACAUCACAUAAGCUGUAUUCUGCUGUGUAUGAUCCAAAUGAAAAGACUUUUGAAAAGCUCCUUAUUGCCAACAGAGGAGAGAUUGCAUGCCGGGUCAUCAAAACAUGCAAGAAGAUGGGGAUUAAAACUGUUGCCAUACACAGUGACGUUGAUGCCAAUGCUGUUCACGUGAAAAUGGCGGAUGAAGCUGUCUGUGUUGGCCCAGCUCCCACUAGCAAAAGCUACCUCAACAUGGAUGCCAUCAUGGAAGUCAUUAAGAAAACCAGGGCCCAAGCUGUACACCCGGGAUAUGGAUUUCUUUCAGAAAACAAAGAAUUUGCCAGGCGUUUGGUAAGUUAUCUUUCCUUGCUUGGAUGUGAAGGGUGCACUUGGUUACGUAUGUUCACUUCAAGGUAUCUGAGGAAUCAAGGUACUAAUUUAAGGCAGAUUUUAAGGAUGCAUGAAGGCAGGGUACUUUAUAUGCCUUCUCUGCAUGUGGUUUUUUUGUAUUUUAUGGGUCCAGUUGCAACCUGUGCCUGUUUGUAAGAGCUGCACCAAGGA